CCAGGCCGAGGGAUCACCUCCCCAGUCCCAAGGGAGCAGUUCCUGCCGCGGGGACCUAGCCACCGGAGCCAGCCGGGCGGGGCGGCGCCUCCAGGCCACCAGAUGUUCGCCAUCCAGCAAGGGGUAGCUGAGGGAGGUCAGUUCCUGGGGGGCCCGCCUCCUGGAGUAUGUCCACCCGAACUUCAACCAGACAGCAACUCCAACUUCAUGAGUGCCAAGGACGCCAAUGAGAAUUGGCACGGGAUGCCAGGCCAAGUGGAGCCCGUACUAUUGAGGAGCUCCUCUGAGUUGUCCUCUGACAACCAGGAUUUCCAGGCUCCUGGACUCCCUGAGGGGGAGAUCCGCAGCCCACCGGAGGGGGCAGAGAUUCCUGGAGCUGGGCCUGAGAAGACGGGUGGUGCCAGCACAGUCUGCUCCCCGCUGGAGGACAAUGGCUAUGCCAGCAGCUCCCUGAGCGUUGACAGCCCUAGCUGCAGCCCUGAGUCUGCCUGUGGGACGCCUCCUGGCCCUCCAGGCCACCUUCUGCCCUCGGUGGCCCAGGCCGUGCAGCAGCUGCAGGCUCAGGAGCGCUACAAAGAGCAGGAGAAGGAGAAGCACCACACGCACUUGGUGAUGUACCGCCGCCUGGCCCUGCUCCAGUGGAUCCGGGGCCUGCAGCACCAGUUGGUCGACCAGCAGGCCCGUCUGCAGGAGAGCUUUGACACCAUUCUAGAUAACCGGAAGGAGCUUAUCCGCUGUCUCCAACAGAGGGCAGUACCAUCCAGGCGCCAGGACCAAGACUAAGGGUGUCUCUGUACAGGGGUGCAAGGGUUUCUGUAUAUAUUUGCAGACAUAUGUGUGGUUCUGCACAAACAAGUACAGAUCAUUUGCUGAUAUAAGUGCAGGGAAGCAUAAAUGAGUGUGUCAGUGCUAACAUGUAGGCAGGUGUGCACAGGCCACAUGUGAAUCUGCACCUGUGCAUCAGUAUGUGUGCGGUGUGGACACAGAAGCCUCUGUGUGCCUAUGUACAUAUGUGUAUGUAUAGUAUGUAUGUUGUUCUUGUUUAGUUGCUAAGUCGUGUCCUGCUUUUUUGUGACCCUGUGGACUGUAGCAUACCAGGUUCCUGUGUCCAUGGGAUUUCCCAGGUAAGAAUACUGGAGUGGGUUGCCAUCUCCUUCUCCAAGGGAUCUUCCUGACCCAGGGAUUGAGCCUAUGUCUCAUGUAUUGGCAGGUGGAUUCUUUACCAUAUGAGCCAGCAGGGAAGCCCAUAGUAUAUAUGUAGGAGGAAGUAAAUUUGUAUAUAUAUGCAUGGGUGGGUACCCCAUGGUGUGUAUCUAUGUGCAUGAGUGAGGAUAGAUAUGCAAAAGAUGUGUGUUUACAUAUGAGUGAGUUUGAGUGUGCAGAUUUCUGGUGGGUAUUUGUGAUUGAGCCCUCGUGUGUACAGCCUAUGUGUAGGGGUACAUGUGUGCAUGGGAUAUGCAUAUUAGGAGCAUGUAUGUUCAAUUGUAUAUGUAAGGCAUCCAUCCAUACCUUCUGUUACCCGUGGUCUACACUAGCCUUUUGUCUACACAGGGUCCCACUGUUCCCUGGAGAAAAGGCUAGCCUGUUCUCAUUUAUCUGAAGGUUGUGGUUGAUCCAUUCUCUUGGAAUUUCUCAGGCUAACUCUCUUGAUCCCUCACUUUCACUCCUCCUAGACCUCGCUCUGCUAAGGCUGCUGUCCCUGAUGGUGGAUUUGCUGCUCUGGCCUGCCAUGGCCUUUUGGCUGCAAUUUUGCGAGGGCAAUUGGUGGAGAACUGAUAUCAGGGAAGAGAGCUAGGAUGGUGAUUGACACCGUGGCAGGCAUGGGGGUGAGAUCAGAGGAGAAGAUAGGGGACUGUCCUGCUUGAAUUCUGCCAUUGGGCGCAUGGGAGAUGGAGAUGGAGGAGAUGACAAUGGCAGAAUCCUGAGAAGACUGGGAGAAUAGGAAUUCUAAAACACCAGUUCCAAACGAAUCACACCCCUCCACUGCAG